AUGUUGGUUAAAACUUGUAAUUGUUAUACAGAACAGUCCAAAAUCAAUCCUUCAGUUUUGGCAUUUGAACAAGAAUUGGAAAACAUUUUGCUCAAGUUUGCCAAACGUAACUCAAGUGGAGAUGGUUAUCAAGUUAAGGAUGAUAUUGGGAAAAGGUUAUAAUUGUGUACAGUACUAGUAUUAAUUAAAUUGACUUGGACCAAGGGAAAUAGUAUGCCAAUGUUUCCCAAGGCAAUUAAUUGGGCAAAGCUGAGGGAAACAUUGGCAGUUCAGAGUCCACAAAAGAUGCUCUUUCCCAAAAGUCUGUCAAUAAAUAAUUUUAAUAUAUUGAGUGAAGGCCCUUUGUUAGGAAGUUAGGAAUAUUUAAUUGGCAAUAUAAAUACAUUUAUACAAUUAUACAGUAUAAGUAACUUGCAUCUAAAUAUAUGAACAAUUAAAGAUAAAUAUAUGAAGCAUUGUCUAUUCUGAUAAGAAUAGUAGGUUUUUGGGCAAUUUUACUCGAUAUAACUAAUUGAUUCCGUCAACAAUUAGUUAUAUUGAAUGAGAUGCCAAAUAUUCUGGUAUUUACCCAUACAUUAUACAUUUGCAUCACCUUAGUAUUUUAUUACAUGAUUUUGGGGUUAGAGCUCAACAGCUGUCUGUCUAUAGCUCAGUUGGUCAGAGUGCUGCACCAGAAUUGGAGGACUGCAGGUUUAGUUCCUGCCAGAGAGCUGUUUAAUAGUUGCAUUUUUGGCAACUGCUCCUUGUUAGGUCUGAUAAAUGUAUAUAAAAAUUCCACUCAUUCAACAAUACACCCUUUCGAUAGUUAUGGCAUUUAGCCUGGGAGCCUCGCUCUCAUGAAUACUGAGCCAGUCACCUUGCAUAAUUUACUAAUGAGAGCGAGGCUCCAAGACCAAAAAGUAUGUGUGAUCUAAUUAUCGAAAGGGUGUAUUGGUAAGAAUAUUUCCAAGUGCAACUUGCAGUUUGUAACAACCAUAAUAAAUGGACCAUUUGCAUUAUAGACUAAAUUUUUAUCUAAACAAGUCUAGACAAAAAUUUCAUCAAAGCUAGAAAGAGCAUCACAAAAUUAGUAAUAUUCCAAAUGUGAAAUGUUGUAAAAUGCGGAUAAUAUAGACAUGCGAAGUUUGUCGUUUUUCAGUCAUUUUGUAUUACGCAUGGGGGAAAUUGGCAGCCCAAUCGGGUGUUGGGGCAUGAAUUUCCCGUUUGUAAUACCAAAUGACUGAAAAUUGCAAAUUCGAUCGCAAGGCUAUAUUAUCCGCAUUUUACAACAUUUUGCAACAAAACUUUGGAAUAUUACUAAUUUUGUGAUGCUCUUUCAAGCUGUGACGAAAUUUUUGUCUGGACCAAAAUUUAGUCUAUAAUGCAAAUGGUCCAUUAGCUCAGCCAAUAUUCUUAAAUCUCUACCUUGAAUGUAAGCUAUAAUAUUUUUUUUAGAAAACUUGAUUUCUCAAAGCUUUUUAAGGAGUUCAAACCUCGUCUCCAGCAUCAGUAUUUUGUAGAGAAACUCAUGCAGAUUGGAAGCUUUUUGUAUUCAAUAAAGGUUUGUCAUCAUGCAGAAAGUGAUGUGUGUGCAUUUUGGACAGUAUUAUUUAGUGUUAUUCCCUCUGUUAAAACCUCAUGAAUUGAUGCACUACUUUCUUAAUAGGCAUUUCAGUUGGCAAAAUUCCAAUGUUUUACUCGUUAUCUGCAAGAAGUAUCAUCUGACUUCACAUGUAUUGAGUCUGUUGCUGAAAAUAAUUUUCAAACAUUUCAAGAAAGGUUCUUUCCAAAUGGCUUAGAUGAUGCACAGGCAGUUGACACUGUAAGCCCUAAUAAUCUAUGCAUUGCUUUUUAAUUUAAAAUUCAUGCAUUGUAAUCAUAGUAUGAUGAUGAUUGAUGAUGGUGGUGAUGUUGGUGAUGGUGGUAAUGAUGAUGGUGGUAAUGAUGAUGAUGGUGGUGAUGAUGGUGUGAUGAUGGUGUGAUGUUGGUGAUGAUGGUGGUGAUUGAUGUUGGUGAUGGUGAUGAAGGUGCAUGGCAGUUGUGAUGAUGUGGUGGUGGUGAUGAUGAUGGUGAUAAUAGUGAUUGCAUGGUGGUGGACUUGUGGUGAUGAUGGUGUAAUGCUGGUGCUGAUGAUGGUGGUAAUGAUGGUGAUGAUGAUGUUGAGAUUGUAAUAAUGGUAGUGGUGAUGAUGAUGGUGAUAAUAGUGAUUGCAUGGUGGUGGACUUGUGGUGAUGAUGGUGUAAUGCUGGUGCUGAUGAUGGUGGUAAUGAUGGUGAUGAUGAUGUUGAGAUUGUAAUAAUGGUAGUGGUGAUGAUGAUGGUGAUAAUAGUGAUUGCAUGGUGGUGGACUUGUGGUGAUGAUGGUGUAAUGCUGGUGCUGAUGAUGGUGGUAAUGAUGGUGAUGAUGAUGUUGAGAUUGUAAUAAUGGUAGUGGUGAUGAUGAUGGUGAUAAUAGUGAUUGCAUGGUGGUGGACUUGUGGUGAUGAUGGUGUAAUGCUGGUGCUGAUGAUGGUGGUAAUGAUGGUGAUGAUGAUGUUGAGAUUGUAAUAAUGGUAGUGGUGAUGUUGGUGGUGAUAGUCAUGGUAAAAGUGAUGGUAAUGAUGAUGAUCAAAUGUUUGCAUUACUUUAUUCUAACUUAGAUCAAAGUUCUUUAUGAAGACACAAUGUGCUCUUAUGAACUGCUAACAGUAUGGGAUCCUAAACUUCAGGUAGGUAAUAAGAGUUGGGAUCUUCUAAAGUUCUCUCGUAUAUUUUUCCAGGCACUGUUUUACGAACUGAAUGUACCUCAAUCUGUUAAUUGCGACAUCAUGUAAUAAUUGCUGAUAAUUUUAGAACACAGACUCUGUCCAUCGAUGUUUGAAACUUCUGAAGAUUCUCAUGCUUACAACUCAACUGGCAUUGCAUCAAGAAUCAUUUAGUUGGCUUGUGUACAAUGGUAUGAUAUAUGUUACAUUCUAUGGCAUUAACGGUUUUAAUGUACAUUUUUUACAUCAAAUUAUAAAGUUUCUUGUGCGUUAGCGGAUUAAAAUAGUUAAAGCAUACAUGAAUGGAUGCCAUGCAUACGUAGAAAAAUUAAAACUGUCAGCGAAGUUCUUCACCUCAUCACACAGAGUCUUCCUGGUGUAUAAUCAGGGCUUGAAAAUAACGUUCCCAAAGUUCCCGAUCAUGGUGAUCAGCAGUCAUGACUUUCCUGCUUUUUCAGGUUGGAAACCCUGCUUUUCCGCCGAUCAUAAGCAAUUUUUUGCCGAUCAUUGAUCGAUCGGAUCGGCUGUUAUUUCAAGCUCUGCUGUAUUAUUCUCAUUCAGGUACCAUUCAUAUUUACACAAUCUCGCGACAACUGAUGGUAACUGGCCGAAGCAGCAUGGUAGGUUUUAAAAAAUUCUCGGAUAUUUACUUGAAUUGAUAAAAACUAUAUCUUCAUAUCUCUGAGAAUGAAUCUUAUUCAGUAUAUCACACGAUCUUUUUUAGAUUCUAGAAUACAUGCUGUGGGCAUGUAUGUGUAUGGAAGGUUCAAUUCCUUUGCUCACGUUGAAAUACAUUCCUUGGAGAAGCACACUGUACGCUACAGUAUCCCUCUGUUACCUCGACUGUAAGGAAUCUCAACACGCAGAGACAUUCGCUCGCCGUGCCAUGAAGAAAAUCACGGAACUCGCAGACAUUGAAGAAAUAAGUACAUCCGUUUCGACUCCUGAAACUAAGGCAAUAUUCCAGGCUGCUAAAGUUAAGAUUAAUGUUCUAAUUUAUCAACGUGUCGUGUUCGAAUCUCGUAAGCGACCUAAAGGAUUGUUACGACCCAAAAUGCGAGCUCCUCUAAGAGAAGCUUUGCAUGUAAGUCUGUCUGUGAUAAUUAGGUUACUAACUAUGUUUUUGCUGAAAUUAUGUCUUUUCCAUCAGUCAGUCAGUGAGUUGGUUGGUUCGUCGGUUUUGCAGCCAACCAUCCAAUCAUUGAGUCAGUGCAUUGAUUUUUAAUUUUUUUUUUUUUGCAGUCCAACUGGCCGAGAAACCAGACAGAGAGGCUGUUAGCAGAUCUAUUUGAUGGCAUUGCUGCCCAGUUCCUUGCAAUCCUACAGACCCUGGGUGUCCCCCACCGUCGUACUCUGCAAUGCAAGGCACCCACUGGAUCUAUUGAUGACAUCACACUAGAUAUUUACCCAGAACUCUUUGUGGCCGGUGUGGAUUUAAUCUCCGGUAGCAACAAUGGCCGGUUAUCACAUUUCGAUCCUGAGGUCCACCCUUCCUGUAUUGAACUGUCCAGUGCGUCACUUCUUGAUUUAUCUGAGCAAGGUAUUAUCUCCAUAUUAAUUCAUGCGAUUGUCGACCGUCCUUUGGUAUUCGCGAGACAGUUACGGAUUGAGAGACUUACAAUUAUCUGAAAAAUAUAAACAGAACUUCUACGUUAAGGCCCUUCCCAACGAAGGAACUUAGGGACUGUUUGCAUGAUCCUGCUUUGCCGGGGGGAAGUCACGGUUCAUGAUUCACAAAACUACAUUAUUUUUGUAGUGAUAGAUUACAAUAUAAUUGUAAACAAAAGGUUGUUCAAGCAGCAGUUCAAUCUUCUUGAACUACGAGAUCUUCUCGACAACAUUUGACUUCUUUUAACCGUCGUUUGAACUUUCGUUUGAGGUAACUUAUUUCAAUACAUCAAAAUCAUCCCACCUUCCAUCUUGUUGGCCAUUUAGACCAUGUACAAUAUGGUCUUGCACACUUUCUAUGAGUAUACGAGGUAUUUUUAAAUUUUUUGUCACUGUUUUUUUCAUCAAUUCUGUAGGAGUUGAUGGCAUUCCCCUUCCGUUCGUGGUGAAAUUCAUUAAACUAGCUUUCAGUUAUGAACAAUGGGAGGUCAUUGAGGUCAUACUGCAACCAUUCAUGGCAUUACUUAGGACACAAGCACAGGUUGUCCAAACGCCUGCCUAUAUCAUGUCCUUGCAGCUCUUGGCUGCCAUGGAGCCGUUCUUUAAUACAGCUGGUCGGAAACAGAAGAAAGGAGUAACUUCUAAUGAAAACACUGUAAAUGAAAAUUCACACGGUAGGUGAAAGGGUUAUGGUAAGCAUUUCAGACGUUGGUCAACUUGGGAGUGUUGGAACUCAUAUGUUGUUUUUCAAAAUUAGGUAAUAAAGGCAAUACAUCCCCUGCAGACGAGCUUUUGGUUGUGGCAAAUAUUCUUAACGGGUUUUCGAGUGAGCUUCCGAAGGUAUGUUUCUGACAUACGAUUUUCAGUGAAAGGACGGUUCAAAAUGGACAUUGGGGUGUUGAUGACAUCAUAGAAGGAUUUUCUGGGGGUGCAGGGUCUACAUCAUAGAAGGAUUUUCUGGGGGUGCACCCUACCUCUGCCCCCAUUAGCGACUGUACCCCCCAGACCCCUGCUGCAGCUUGCUCGGCAGCGCUACGCGCCCCCCUCCUCGCUUACCUCCACCCAGAAUUUUCGGCACCCCCCCCCCAAUUGAAAUUUGAAAAUCCGUCUAUGGAUGACAUAGUGCUCCAGUUUGACUUCACCAAACACCGCACGUAUUCUUCUGGUUAGCUCCGGUUUCCUUCAGUUCAGAGCUGAUAGAGCUGACCAUCAUAAAUAAAGUUAGUUAGUUCAUGUAUCCACAUGUGUAUUUCCCCUAGUUUUCAAAAUACUGCUUAAUAUUAGACUACGACAUAGUCUCCACGAGCGUGACGCAGCCAACUUAAUAUCUAAUCCGUUGUUAUGCGUUUCAGUCUUCGUUGCCAUACGUAGAUGUGGAUAUGAUCAUUGAUGCCACGUUGUUUCUUUGGAAUCGUUGUAAACCGUACUUUCAACGAGUCGUGUCUUGCAAUCAAGAAAGUUGUCGUCAUGUUCUGAAUGAUAAGGAUUGUGAUAAGGUAAUUUCCGCCCUUACUUAUCCAACCCUACUGUCUUCACUCUAAAAACACUGCGGGUUUUCUAGUUUUCUAUGGGUAGUAGUGACACUUUAUUAGGAUAUGUUCCUAACUGGAACUGGUAGAGCUAUGUACAUAAAUAAAGUUAGUUAGCUCAGGUUUUAUUCUGCACAUAGGCGUUCAAGAGGGACGCUUGUGGACUGCAACCCCCCCCCCCCCCUGAACAAAACAGGUACAAUUAUCUGUUAUAAAAAAGAUUAGUCAUUUAGUUCAAAUCAAACGUAAAGAUGCCAUCCGCGUUGUGCAACUGUUGUCAUGUUUUUACUUUAGUGGCUGUUUAUUCUCCUUACAAUUGACAACGUGCUACAUUGGAGUGGUUUGUCAGACGUUGAUCCCGUCGUUGCUGCUGAAGUUGCCUUGAAACUUGCUCUGGUUUUGGAAUGCAGGGCAUCGUUUAUAGCUCGAGCGAACAACGCUCCUGCUUUGCCCAAAAUGGUAAGAAUAAGCACCUAUCAGAGUAUGGAAUAAUGCAGGGCUGCCGAGAUGGGGGGCAGGGGGGGGGGAUUGCCCCGGGCCCCCACCUUAAUAGGGCCCCAACUUGAGAGCGAGAGCCUGAAAUUGAGUAGGUUCUUUAAAUUGGUCAGAGCAUUUUUUACAUUGAGGGACCCUUACAGUACCUCCACAUGCAGUCUAGUUGGGUCUAGCUUAAAAAUAAUGAUGUCAUGGGUUAUCGUCUUGUAACAAGGUUGAUGAGGCCAACAGACUGGCAACAAGUUGUUCCAACAAGUCUGAUAUCGUCUGCACGUAACAAGUUGUUGAUGAUAACAAGCUCGUAGCAACUUGUUGCGAACAACCUGUAUUAGAUUUGUUGGGAUCGACAAGUGAUAGAAUGAUGACAACUUGUUCCAGACUUGUCGCAACAACUGGGAACAAGCAGUGCGGACACAUUCUAAUAUCGGCUUGAUAACAACCUUGUUACGACGUGUUUGCAGAUCGGUAACAACUUGCGCGUUUUGCGUGUGUACCAGUAGCUCAUUCGUUCUUUAUUUUUAUAUGUAGCCACAAGUAAACGAGGCAGUAAAUUUCGAGCAAGCCAAAACUGAAGAGAAUGCAGAGGCAAAAACCGAGGAAGUUCAAACUGAGAGUGAACCUUAUAAAGUUGUUUUUCCUAAUACCUUUCUUGAUCUACUAUACAUGGCGUUUAAUAUCCUUGAGUCAAGUGUCGAGAGAGUCAGUGAAGCGAGGGAAAAAAUGGCAAAACUAUCUGGCGGUGAAUCUGUUGAUAAUAAUAAGGUUUGGUUACGAAACUUUUAGUUUUUUUACGAAAGUAUGGUAUUGGUGUUUUUUAUGGUGGUAUGAUGGUGGUGGCGAUGAUGGUGUGGGUGGUGAUGUGAUAGUGCUGGUAAUAAUUAUGGUGGUAGUGGUGGUGGUAAUGGUGUUGGUGUUGGUGGUGACAAUGAUGGUGAUACUGUUGUUGGUGGUGGUAGAUGAUGGUUAUGGUGGUGACAGUGGUAAUGGUUACAGUAGUAGUGGUGGUAAUGAUCAUGGUAGUGGUGGUAAUGAUGGUGGUAUUAAAUGGUUGUGGUGACGAUCAUGGUGAUACUGUUGUAAGUGUUGGUGGUGGUUAAACGCUUCCAUGAAAAUGUACAUGCAUGUACUCAAAUUUUGCGCUACUCUCAUUUAGACAAGCCAAAAUUCACCAGAAGCACAAGAGGGUCGCGAUAAACCUCAAAAUUGUUCAAAAAACGACAUUGACAUCCAAAUCAUCCAUUUGGAGCUAUUGUUUAAUUUAACACGAGUGCUUGCGAAGCUGAAAAGCGGACGAAGUGAUUCCGAGAUGACAUUAGGUUUAGACAAGACUAAGAGUUCUUCAACUAUGUCACGAUUUCAAGUUGAAAGUUCCAAAUCACAGGACACUUCUUGGACAGCUGAUAUGGUAAAGAGAUACAACAAACUUCCAUUGACAAGAGCGCUACUUCUCAUGCACAUAACGCAAAUUCAAGACACUGCAAGUGAAACUGCACAGCAAAACCUUCAGGUAAGAGUAUCCUGGGAACAAUGUCAUAAUUUGUUAAGAAGUUGUGUUACCACUUACCAUUGCCGUAGUUUGUGUCUAAACUACACUGUAUGUUGAAUUGUGAAAUAACUAGACUAUCGCCUGUAUUCUGAAAGCUCACUCACACUCAAAGAGUAGAGGUUCAAUCUGAGCUUCUCCCGAGUGUCAGUGCUGUUUUUGACUAGCUGGAUGGCUGGCAGUCAAAAGGUUAGUUACGACACUAACCCUUCGGCUAUUCAAAAACAGCAUUGACACUCAAGAAAAGCUCAGAUUGAACCUCCACUCUUUGAGUGUGAGCGUGAGUGAGCUUUUAGAAUACAGGCGUAAAUAUUUCAUGGGGUAAAUACGAACCUAAAAUUAAUAUAAUUUUGUGAUUGGCUUUCUUAAACAAAAGAAUCACGAAAUCUUUUCGUACAGAUAAGGUUGGUGGCGUCCCGGUGUUUUUUUUGUGAAAACACCAGUUUCCAAUAUACGUGGUGGUUCCAUAAAUCUGGUUUCAAUAAGCAUUACAGGACAGCAAAUGGCUCUAUAGGCAAAGUGACGAACUUUCCAGAAGGGUGUAUUCUAUAAAUUUGCCUCCAUAUACAAGACUGCUUCAUAUAAUGAAGAAACUUAACAUUAUUCCUUACUUUGAUCACUGUCGAUUGACUAUCAUCCGCUGAUAGUGCUCUGUGACACCCACAAUGUAAACAAUAAACGAUUUUUUUUACAAACGAUUUUUCAACUUCUAUUCCAAAGGAAUGUUACGAUAUAAUCAAGAAAUCUCAAACACAGGAGAAAGUGUUAGCGUCAAGAUGCAAGACUCAUAAUUCUGAAAACGCAGAAGCCAUGGCUGUUCCACCUCCUCCCAUCUUAAUCUUUCGCAGUUCAUCGGGACUAACUUUAAAACCAGCGCCGUUUAAACCUCUGUGCCAGAAGAAGGUAAUAAUAAGUGAUAUAUACUGUAUAUUUGAAUAUUUGAAAUAAACUAAACUAAGUUUAUUUAUCCUAGAUAGCUCUAUUAGUUCUAAACUAUUUUCAGUAAGUGCCUUCCUUUAUUAGUCGAGUAUUACCACAGGAGCAAACCAGAGUACUCAGAGAACAGGGACUCUCUCCUCCGCAGAGGCUUUAGUUUUUUUAGGAUUUAAUAUUACGAUGAGAUACAUUUCACUACACUUUACAUGGCGGAUCUUGGAACACGAGCGUAGCCGCUGGGCGAAGGAGCGCAGGCGGCAAAGGGAAAGGCGAAGGAAUGCGCGGAACAGGGAUGUAUCCGCCAAGAUCUGGUAGAGGAGGGGGGUGCUCAUCGACCCAUGGUCAUGGUAAUAAUUUGGAGAUACGCACAGCAGUGUUCUGUAGAAUGAGCGAAACAUUGUCCCCGGAAGGGUUCGGGGGCAUAAUUGUGCAAUGGUGACUGGAUAUUGACUUUCCAAAUUGAAAAAAGUCAAUGUGAAAAUGAAAUUGCACUCCCCUUUGCCAAGGCUAACAGGAGUGCGCACCUCCCCCUCCCCGCACCGCAACCCCACUCCCCCAGUAAAUCCAUCCCUGGCAGAGAAACGAGAGUUACCAUGCAUCAAACUGAAAUUAAUCAGACAACUGCAUGCUGCAGAAUUCGAAGCCCAGACCAAGAGGUGAAAGAAACAUGCACCAAGCUAGCAUGCCAACAACUAUACAUAAUUUCGUUAUUUUCUCUAGGUAUACUGGUAUCGUUUAUUUGGUUGUUCUGCAAGCGGCAGUAAUGUGAAAGUAAGAUUGAAUGACUCUGAUCUCGUUGGAACUGGAAUAGAGGUGGGUCAUAGUUCUCUGUUUCUUGGUGAUGAUGGUGGUGGCGGGAUGAUGGUGGUGGUGGGAUGAUGGUGGUGGUUGUGGUGGUGGUGGUGAUGAUGGUGAUGGUGGCAUGGUGAUACGAAAGCUACGGAUUGAUAGAGGGAUACAACUACCUGAAAAAUGCAAGGACAACCUCGACGUUUCGAGCAAAGGCCCUUCGUCAAGAAGUUGUAGUUUCGACGAAGGCCUUCGCUCGAGACAUCGAAGUUCUCCUUCUAUUUUCCAGGUAGUUGUAUCCCUCUAUCAAUCCUCAGCUUUCUUAUCAUUGGCACUAACUACACUAGCACAUACCGUUCGUGAUGAUGAUACCACAGAAUAGUGGCAAGCAGAAGAUCAACUUCUUGGAUUUUCCCCGGUUUUUCCUAUGAUUUUGGCUAGGACCAUGGCGUCAGCAUUUUGAUGACGAAUCAUGGCGUGGCAGCAGUUACGCUUUUUUUGCUGAGUCGACCUUUUGUGUGUCUUUAUUCUGUGAUGAUACUGCAGGAAUCAAACCCUGAUCGGAGAGGUGGAAGACACAUGCACUAAGUGCCAUCACAUCUCCAAUUCUUGUAUUUCUAGGUGCCAGCAGGUCCAAACUGCAGAUUUUAUGUCACGAAUCUUGGUGAAGGAGAAAGAUAUGUGUUUGCUGUUGCAGCAUAUGACAAGAAUGGUGAUCUUAUUGGGGGAGGGGUGGGUCCCACAGGUCAGGCUUGUCCUGCAUCACAUCCUAUGCCUAUGAUUAUGACUUGGGCAUAUCUAACACAGGUAAACACUUUCUGCUUUAAAGUUAAAGGUAGGGGCGCUAAUUUUCUUUCCUGGCAAUGGACCUUUCCCCUUAUAACUAAAAUUUCGAUCUAGACAAAAAUUUCAUCACAGUUUGAAAGAGCAUCACAAAAUUAGUAAUAUUCCAAAGUUUUGUUGCAAAAUCUUGUAAAAUGCGGAUAAUAUAGCCUUGCGAAGUUUGCCGUUUUUCAGUCAUUUUGUAUUACAAACGGGAAAUUGACAUCCGAUUCGGGUGUUGGGGCUGCAAUUUCCCGUUUGUAAUCUAAAAUGACUGAAAAUUGCAAACUUCGCAAGGCUCUAUGUUGCCCAUUUUACAACAUUUCGCAACGAAACUUUGGAAUAUUACUAAUUUUGUGAUGCUCUUUCAAGCUGUGAUGAAAUAUUUGUCUACACUUGCCUAAAUCAAAAUUUUGGUUAUAAGGGGAAAGGUCUAUUGAUUGCUGAAUUGGACACAACUCAGACAGUGCCAAGUUGAAGUAUUACUAGAACGAAUUGCAGCUCAGGCUGCCACCAGACGACCAAUGCCUGAUCCCGUGUAUAGCUAAGGUGGAGGAAUAGUUUUUGGCGUGGGAAGAAAACUGGAGUACCCAGAGAUUACAGAAGUAUCUCGGAUGCACAGCAGGAAACUAACCACAACUCUGCUUGUAUGAGUUUUCAAGAACAGCUACAGGUGAAAACGAACAACCUGUCCCUGGUUGAUAUCUGCUGCACCCUCAGAACAAGUUGUCAACAAUGUUGUUACAGCAUUGUUCAGUUGUAACAGUUCCGUAACAACAUUGUUGACAACUUGUUCUUAGGUUGCAGCACAACCGUGUUCAAGCUUGUCGAUAUCAACCGGGAACAGGUUGUUCGUUUUAACGCGUGUAGGAAGUUAAUAUCCAACCCUCUACCUACCUAUUAGGCUUCAUUUGGCAAGAAGUAGCGCGCUAACUACGUCUGUACUACAUAAUAUAUCAUCUUCACUAUAAGCUGCCGUGGUUUGUGUUUGAAAUACCUGAAAAGAGUAAUCAAUCAUAGUUCUGACUCAAAUACAAUAUAGUUCUAACCCAUACAAUACUACCUACACUCGACCCUCGCGCUAAUUAACCACAUUAAAAUCUCUAGGCCGCAUACAGUUGUGGUGUUUAUGACAUAGCGAGGACUUCAGCGCAAGUUUUAUGGAACUAUUUUAUACCUGAUGAAAACACGUCUAGUGAUAAACAUCUUUCACUUCCUGAUGGCCAGUUGACACUCAAUGUUCAUCGAUGUGAUGAGAAAAAGCUCACAGAAAGCAACCAAUCCUUGGUUCGUCAGUUUGUACAAAGUGUGUUUAUAUCCGUGGAUAUUGCGGUCCAGGAUGGAAAACUUUAUUGCGAUUCAUUGUGUGAUUACGGAGCAUUAUUACCUGGACAGGUAACGUGUAAAAUGAAUUAAUAAUUCAUGAAAAAAAUUCAAAAGAAAUCAAUGUUUAAUGAGUUGUUGUAUCGACAUGUACAAAAUUAUUCUGAUUUGCAUAAUAUUUUCCCUCGAUUUUCUCAGGUAAAAUCACUUCUUUUGGAUAAUUUCUUAAAAUACAAAUGUUGAAAUCGUUAUACGUUUCACAAGCUGAAAACAGCAUUCGUGUCGUGUUGUAUCAGACAUGCAUCCUCUUGCCUUCGGCUAUAUCUGAUACAAGACAUACAACACGGUCGUAUAAUUUAUAUUACACUGAUUUCUUACCUUUCGCCGUUUCGUACUUACAGUAGCUCUUUCUUUCUUUCCAUUCCAUACUUUCAUUCCUUUUGUUUAUUCUUCCUUUUAGCUUUCUUCCCUUCUGUUAUAAAUUCCUUUCUCCUCUUCUUCCAUUCACCCGUCCCUACCUACACUUAUUGCUUCUUGAAAUGUUUAUAUGUUGUGGAAAUGCCAACUGAUUACACUCAUGGCCUUUGCUGACAAAUGUCAAGCGAAAAACAACCUACCUACCUGUUUUUUUUCCAAACUAUGAAACUGGAACCACAUGAUAUUUUUGUUAGGCCCAACCCUUGUUUGUUUUCGUCCAUCCAUCCUUCCCUUCUUCAUUCGAUUCUCCUUUUCUUCCCCUCAGUCCUAUUUUCUCAUUACCAAUUCUCAUUUCGUCCUAGAUCCUGCGAAUGCGGCAAUGUGAAAAAAUGUUACUUGUGCUUCAAAUGUCGUUGUGGUUAAAUGACAAUAGCAUGGUUUUACAAUGUCUGACAAGAUGUUAUGGUUUAAUCGCUCCUCUUUUACAACUCAAGAUUCCUUCAAAACCUGUACUGCAGGUAAUAUUACAAUUAUCUAUAUCUCUGGACAAGCAGUAUCGCAGAGUUCGCAGUAACAUAGGAGCUUGAUAAACUUAGCGGGAUUCCACGAUGCCAUGCACCAUGAUUGGCACCGAGCGGGAAAAUUCUGAGUCUAGAAUUCUGAGUCUUUAAUAUUGUUUAUUUUCUCCAGGUUCUGCUUCAGUGCUAUGCAGUUAUUCAGGAGAUCCCUACGUUGAACCGCUUUCGCAAGAACUCCAUGACCUACGACAGUUUGUAUCAUCUUAUUGCAGCGACGACGCACUAUUUAACUAAG